UCUCCUCCGUUUGGAGUCUCUCUAUUCCGAGAAGCUCAAACUCCGAUCAAACACUGUCUCCCAACCCCACCGAAUCUCUCAAUUUUUGUCACCCCAAAUCGAACCCCUCAUUGUUUAUCUCAUUGGAACCUUCCAGUUUCUGACACAAUGUCGCAGAUAUUGAUCAGUACAAUCUUGAUAUUGGGGUUAAUGUCAACAAUGGUGAUUUCGAUGCGAUUCGACCUUCAAUCUGGCGCCACUAAAUGCAUCUCAGACGAAAUAAAAAGCAAUUCCAUGACUGUUGGCAAGUACUCUGUUGUUAAUCCCAGUGAUGGCUUUCCUCUCCCUGAUUCGCACAAGCUCACUGUCAGGGUAACCUCACCUCAUGGGAAUAGUUAUCACCAUGGAGAUCUUGUGGAUUCUGGUAACUUUGCCUUCACUGCGGCAGAGACUGGUGAUUAUUCGGCAUGCUUUUGGGUGACUGAUCACAAGCCAAAGACGACGGUGACUAUUGAUUUUGACUGGAAAACUGGAGUUGCUGCCAAGGACUGGUCUAAGGUUGCCAAGAAAGGGCAGAUUGAAAUGAUGGAACUUGAGCUUAAAAAAUUGUACGAUACCGUGACGGCCAUUCAUGAUGAAAUGUUUUACCUUCGUGAAAGGGAGGAAGAAAUGCAACAACUUAACAGAUCAACUAACUCCAAGAUGGCAACGUUUAGCUUCCUUUCCCUUGUAGUCUGCUUGUCCGUGGCUGGUUUGCAAUUAUGGCAUCUCAAGAUGUUCUUUGAGAGGAAGAAGCUUCUCUAGUUCCACCACUUCGCCUCUUGUUUAACUCAUCCGUUCUGCAGUUAUAUAGAUCCUAUUCCUUUUCAGUAUUACGAGGCCAUAUUCCGAAAUUUCGGUACUGGCUGGUUCUACUGAGAGAGAGGUUAGCUGCUAGAAAAGGA